AUGGAGCCCGGAGUGUCACAUCGUACAUUCGCUGACGACACCAAACUCUUCGCCGACGUAUCUGUACCUGGUAACCGUGAUGCGCUACAGCGUACCCUCGCUAACAUUGAGACCUGGGCGAAUCGCUGGAAGCUCAUGAUUUCGACUCCUAAGUCAGCUGUGCUCCAUGUUCUUCAUGACACCCCCUCUCACUACGCUCUGUUUGGUGACAUCGUACCCGAGCGGGUCGGUGUCAAGGAUCUCGGAGUCCUCAUUUCCUCCAAGCUCGACCCCGAUGCCCACAUCACUGAUGUCCUGAUGAGGUCGGGUAGGGUUGCGAAUUUCAUCCAUCGAGCGUUUGUUAGUCGACUGCCACGAACCUACAUCAGAGCUUACAAGGCUCUCGUGCUUCCAAUCCUGCUUUACGGGUCCCCAGCCUGGAGACCUUGGCUCAUGAAGCAUAUCCGUGCCAUCGAGAACUUCCAGAAACUCUUCCUCCGUCGUACUGCCUACAAGUGCGGUAUUGACGUGAACUGCCUUGUACUCCCAUCCAUCUCUACGUUACUCGACGAAGCCGAUCGCAGUCUCUGCCUUUCUAUCAUCAAAAACCCCGACUUCUCAAACUUCUUCGACUCCGCGCAGACCAUCACAAGAGCCCAACGCAAAUUCAAGGUUCCCCUUGCCCGGAAAAAUGUUGUCCACCACUCCUUCCGAUGGAGAGUGAGUCGCCGCUCUGACGUUAAGGAAAUUCUUCCCGCUUGA